GGAUGGUAAGCCUGUACCCGCAACAUACAAAAUUUUCUCCCUUUUAGGGUCUGAUCUGAGCAAUAUGAACCGUUGAAUGGUUUGCUUGGCGGUGGUUUUGGAAGGUCUGAUCUGAGCAAUAUGAACCGUUGAAUCAUUGGUUUGUUUGGCGGUGGUUUUGGGCGACCAACCGUAUGCAGCCACCUAUUAUGCUAUGCUGUAUGUACUGCUCUUCUCUUCCGUACUCUUCCUUCUCUUUGCUUUCUUUCGCGGGCGUCUCUCUCUCUCAGAGGCUGCUGAGCUUAAAGGAGCUUGACCUCCUUUGAACGAAUGGCUUCCAUCAUUAUCAACCCCAAUUGCUCCUCAAUUUCUCUGUCCCGUUCUCAAGGGCGCAAUGGUCUAUAUCGUGGGACUUCAUUUGCGGCAAAUGGGGGCUUAUAUGAUUUUGUCACGCCAAGUUUGACUUGGAAACUGCGCUUUAGUUUCAAGGGAUCAAUUAAGACAAGAGCUUUGUUGGGAGAAGAUGAUCUCCUGUCCUACUCUAAUGGCAAUAGAACUGCAGACACUUUUGUCAACUCCCAGGCUGCCAAACCAACUGGGAUUGAAAUACAACCUGAUGCAUUAGGUUUUGGAACACUUGCAGCAGAAACAACCCCUAUAAUUAGUGGUUUCUCUUCCGAAAAUGAUGAAAAUGAUCUGGAUCAUCCUGUAGAAGGAUUUUCAUCCAUACCAGAGGCGAUUGAAGAUAUACGUCAAGGCAAGAUGGUAAUUGUUGUAGAUGAUGAAGACAGAGAAAAUGAGGGAGAUCUUAUAAUGGCAGCAUCCUUGGCAACGCCAGAAGCUAUGGCUUUUAUUGUCAAGCAUGGAACUGGGAUUGUUUGUGUGAGUAUGAAAGGAGAAGACUUAGAGAGGUUGCAACUUCCACUUAUGGUGACACAGAAGGAGAAUGAAGAAAAACUUAGUACAGCAUUCACUGUCUCAGUGGAUGCGAAAUAUGGUACGACAACUGGUGUUUCUGCUCGCGAUAGAGCUGUGACAGUCUUGGCUCUUGCAUCAAGGAAUUCAAAACCUGAAGAUUUCAACCGCCCAGGACAUAUCUUUCCCCUAAAGUACAGGGAGGGAGGAGUUCUAAAAAGAGCUGGUCACACUGAAGCUUCAGUUGAUCUUGCUAUGUUGGCUGGGCAAGAUCCGGUAGCAGUUUUAUGUGAAAUUGUGGAUGAUGAUGGUUCUAUGGCUAGAUUACCAAAGCUUCGUCAAUUUGCACGGGCAGAAAACUUGAAAAUUAUUUCCAUUGCUGAUUUGAUCAGAUAUAGGAGGAAAAGGGAUAAGUUGGUGAAGCGGGCUGGAGUUGCACGGAUACCCACAAUGUGGGGGCCAUUUGAGGCCUACUGUUAUAAGUCAUUGCUUGAUGGGAUUGAGCACAUUGCUAUGGUUAAAGGUGAAAUUGAGGACGGGAAAGAUAUACUUGUGAGGGUACAUUCUGAGUGUCUCACAGGUGACAUAUUUGGAUCAGCCAGAUGUGACUGUGGAGACCAGCUCUCUCUUGCAAUGAAGCAAAUUGAAGCAGCUGGUAGGGGUGUUUUGGUGUAUCUCCGUGGACAUGAAGGUAGAGGAAUUGGUUUGGGUCACAAGCUCCGAGCUUAUAACCUGCAGGACGAUGGGAGUGACACGGUUGAAGCCAACGAAGAGCUAGGAUUACCAGUUGAUUCUCGUGAGUAUGGCAUAGGUGCACAGAUACUACGAGAUAUAGGGGUUCGAACAAUGAGGCUGAUGACGAACAAUCCUGCAAAGUAUGUUGGACUCAAGGGUUAUGGUUUGGCCAUUGCUGGCAGGGUCCCAUUAUUGGCACCAAUAACUAGGGAGAACCAGAGAUACUUGGAGACCAAACGUGCAAAAAUGGGGCAUGUCUAUGGUUCCAAUUCUAAUGGUAAUGUAAAUGGCACCACUGAUGCAAGUAGUUCAAACAUUGACAACCCAUCUACCGGCAUGUCGGAGACAUGAGCACUUCAGGUGUGUAACCUGCUGUCAGAGUUAUUCAGAUAUAUGACUUUGGCUACAAUCUUUUUGUCAGUCAUGUUGUGUUUGACACACUGGAUAGUAAAGUACGGGAUUGGAUUGUGAGAAUUAUAAGGAUAUGGAAAUCCUAUUGGAUUUUCAUAUUCAUCCAUGUGAAUAAAUUGAAAAAGAUUGUACGAGGACGAGAUUAUUAUAUUCAUGGGUUUUACUUGUCUCUCUUC